CUCGAUAUUUUUGUCUGUUGGACAUGGGACACGGUGGCCGCGGUAGUGGCACGCUUCCCUGAGUCCGAUCAGCUGGAGAAGAUGGAGGCGCUCCGAGUUGGUAACCUCGAUUUGGUGGGUAUGGCGCAGCAAGCGAUGUGGUACAUCCCGACGCUUCUAUUUGUCGCUGUUGGUCAUUCAUACCCGCCGGAGAGACGAGUAUUCAAGGUCGCUAAUGAUGGAGAUAGUCCUGAGAGUGUAAAGAAGCUGUCAGAUGUCGUAACGGGAAGCGCAGCUUGGGACGAGUUCUGGGGGACGACAAUGUACAAACCGUGGUGGAACCCGGACUGUUCCUGGUACUCGGAUGAGUAGACGUAGCUUAAAAAUUUCUUAUUAGA